ACCACCUUAACCAGCAUGAGAACAUGUUUCUUUUUGCAGCGCUGCUCAUACUGAACAUUGCCAUGGAUAAAGUGGAAUCCAAUUCUACAGGUGUUUUCCAUGCCCUGGAUAUUAUUACAAUGAAUGAAAAAGUAUUGAAAGGAGCUAAUGUGUCAUUUCAUUGUCGGUUUCCUAAUGAAGAGAAACUUAACUUAACUGAAUACACCUUCUAUCUAUGUAAAGAUGGAACGUGCAUUGCAAUGAGAAAGUGGGGAGGAGAAUCUGGGGUGACUUUUAGCAUUAAAAAUGUAACCAGGUAUGAUAGUGGAAACUACAGCUGUGUGUACUCAGAGCAGAAGAGAGCACUAGAAGAGGUGACAGUGCCAAUGCGAACCCCUAUAAUCUUCCUUCAGAUACUUGAUAAUGGUAAUGACGGCAUGAAAUGGAAAACAACAAAAACAGUUCCUAACUUUGUAGUUGUCAGUGUGCUGUGUACACUUGGAUCCAUUGCUGUGCUGUCGGUGGCAAUGGCACUGCUGAUCACCCUAUUCAAACGCAUGAAAACCCUGAAGAUGGAACCAGCUACAGUAUCUACACCAGAAACCCCCAGUGAGGCUGGUACCAGCUCCGCAGUGGAUCUGAAUAAGAGAAGGCAAAGACAAGAAAUGAAGGCUGAAAACCGGGACGAUCCAAGAUUUCCUGUAAUGUCUGAAAAUAUGAUUUAUGAAGAGGGAACAAGCAUGCUGUACCAUCUGGAAAAUGUUGCAGAGGUUACCCAAACACAAGCGAGCACACAGCCAGCUGUUGAAGAUUAUGCAGAGCUACAGUGUUUUCCAGGAAAUUCCAGAGAGGCAAACAUAGAGGACUGUUACUGGACUGUAAUGACUCCUCAGAAGAAAGGGAGAGAGAAGGUUUAACUCAUCUGCCUGCUGACAACAUCAUAACAUUGUGAUACUCUUGACCAGUGAAACCCAGUUCCUUGUUGAGGCAUUCAAUGCACAAUGGAUUAUUUCUACUCAAACUCAACUCUUAGUACCAAAUUUGAUGUGGAAUGUAAAGAUAAUCGGGCUGGGCUUCUAUUCUGGGCAGUUCUGGAGGCUCUAACUGCCAUUCUGGGUUUGCCAGCCAAUGUGAUAGUGCUGUGGAUUUUACUGAGGAAACAAACUGCCCUCUCCUCUUCUGAGGUGUUCAUAAUUAACCUGACUGUCAUGGAUGCUUUGUUUUGCCUCAAUGCACCCGUUGAUUUAUAUAAUUAUUACUUUCUGAAGAAUACAAUUGUUUACACAGUAACAGAUAUGAUGUGUAAUUUGAACCUGAUAGGAGCUCCUCUGUUCCUUUGUUGUAUUUGUGUGGAGCGUUACAUGGCGGUGGUGCAUCCAGUCACCUACCUGGGGUUCAAGUCGCUCACCUAUAGAGCGGUGUGCUCUGCUGUGGCUUGGGCUAUUACUAUUGCCUUCUCCAUCUCUCUAGGUCUAGCAACCUAUGAAAUGUGUGCAUAUGUUGUCUCAGGUUACAGCUGUGCCAUAUUUAUUGUCAUGAUAUUCUGUAGCAUCUCCAUCCUGAGGGUCCUGAGGAAGUCGACACCAGGGAAAGACGAGAUCCAUCCCAUGAUGAAGAAAGCCUUCCAGAUGGUUUUUACCAUUUUAAUGAUUGUGUUAAUUUCCUUUUUCCCAGCAGUAGGCAUGGUCCCAUUUGAACCCUAUUUCAAUGAGACUACAUUUAAAUGUUAUAUAAUGCCAGUAUGCUAUUCUUUUUUUACCCCCAGUAGCUGCAUACAGCCUUUGCUCUACCUGGCUCAUGCGGGUGCAUUGUCUUGUGGGUAGUUUCCAUGCAAUGGAGGGUGCUGUAUAGCACUGAGCCCCACUCCAUGAAGUCAACAGAAAACAUGUUCCAUUUAGAGCAAGUAGCUUCUAAUUAGAUGUUUCUGUCCUUUUAACCAUUACGAUGUUUUCAAUAGAGAAUUUGUGCUGUAAAUUUCAAACAGCUACAAGCACCUCAAUCAAGAAAUACACCAACAUCAAUGAAAUUCAUUAUUUAAGAAUUGGCACUGAGGCCAACUCAAAGCAAUUGCAAACAUCAUUACAAGUUUGAAAUGUCAUGUUACGCUAAUUGCUCUAACUGUUUAAUGCUACUCUUUAUUGGCUGAUUUCACUAUAAGGUGGUGUAAUUAUAUUACACCACCUUAUAAUAACUUCAGGGAGUUUUAUUGUGUAAAUAAUUUCAUUCUGUCAGUUGGCUUAGUCUCCAAAUCAAAGCUUCACUACAUUUUAGUAUAUACUAUGCAUAUUUUACUUUGUAUAAAUGCCAUUAAGAAUUGCAAAUCAGAUUUUUCUAGGGUGAAAAUACUAGGAUGUUCAAAUUAUUUUUAGUAAAAUAUACCAUUUUAAAUACUCAUGAUUGAUUUAUAUUGUUGAAUAUAAUUUUAGAUGUUUUUUUUUUUUAACAAGGGAACUUGAUUGAUUAUAGCUGUAAAGCACAUGUGUUAUUAAUGUCUAUACUUAAUGUUUAUCCAAAACAAUUCUAAAAGAGACUUCUUGUAAGUUCUAUUGUAGGUAUGGUAAGGUCCACAGUCACAAGGACACACUUUGAAAUCUGUAAUUAAGAACUUUAAAUAUUAUAGAAUGACAGCUUGUUGGUCAAUUUUAGUAAUGGCAUUGCCUGUCUGGUUAUAGAAUACCGAAUCCAUUGGAGAGACUGAUGCUAAAAUGUUAAAUAAUAUGUUUACAUGAGAAUUGUUGGAUAUAUUUAUAAAUGCAUAUUAAUGGAUUUUCAAAGUUAAAAGUGAAUAAAGAAUGAUAACUUACAGUAAAUCACACAAGCACUUGAGCGUUUG